CUAAUUAAACAGAAAAUUUUUAAAAUUCUAGUAAAAUUUUAAAUAGCUAAAUUUAAAAUAAAUUUUCUAAAUUAAUAAAUAAUAUGGUUAACGAUAGUAAUCUUGAAAAGAAAAAACUGGCCGCAGAGCUAGUUUGCAACGCAAUUGCAGACAUAAAUGAAAAGAACGGUGAUUCUACUUUACAUUCAAUUCGUAGAUACAUUGGUAAAGAAUACAAAUUAUCGCCACAAAUAAUAGAAAAUUUAAUAGUUCCAUCAGUACAUAAAGGAGUUGAAUUUGGAGUAAUUAAAAAUCUCAUGGGUCGGUAUCAAUUAAGUGGUUUAAUGGACAAUAGACGUCAUCAAGAUAAUGCUGAUGGAAAUAAAGAUGAUGCUAAUGACAAUAAAGAUGAUGCUAAUGGAAAAUGCUGCCCGAAACCCUGUCCUCCUCCAUGUGGUUGCUGCCCCAAAAGGAAAUGCAACCGUUCCUCCAAGAAUUUCAGAAGGAUUGACUACAAAAGUGCAGAAGUAUGCUAUCAAGAUAAAAACAAUCCAUGUGGCUCUCCAAAAGCUUGUGGAGGUUGUGGAUAGCUAUAUUGUGAUGAACCGUACGUGUUUUUACGAUUGUCUGUAUUCGAUCGCUGGUACUUUUCGUUAAUUUUUUCAUUGAUUUUAGUUUAAAUUGUCGUAUUAUAUUUA